AUGCUUCAUACUUCAAGCACCCAUAUAAAUAAUGGAGGCUUAGUCUCCAACGUAGAUCAGACAAUUGAGGGCACGAAACAACAAUAACAUAAUGAAAACGGGUCAGCCGCUGAUCAAUCGGCUUCCCAAACUAAGAUCCCGCCCUAAGCCACUUUUGAGAAAACAUCAUUCGACUAACUUCUCUGUCAAUACGAUCUGAAACAUGAUUUGCCGCCAACUAUUGAACUCACUCAGGCCUUUCUCUUAACAUAAAAUAUGAAAGAGACUGCUUCGAAGGUGAGCGGGCUUACUGCAGGUGGAAGCGCUUAUCAUCUCAAGAAUGAUUAUGUAGGAGAUGCUAUGAGACUUUCAGAUGCUAUGUAGAGCGUGAAUAGAUUGUUAGGUAAUCUGGGGACCUCAGACAAAGCUUCAAACUUUUUACUAGAAUAGCGAAAACUUAUGAGAGCCCAAGAAAAAGAAAAUAAGGACAUUAGACAGCUUAUUGAUGAAAAGGUAAGAGAAUUCGUUGAUUCCUAAGAAGAGAAGAUGGAUGGAAUGGAAUAUGUGAGAUAGAAAGAGAUGAUAGCUUAAACUAAGUCUAGAGUGCACGAGUUGCUGAAUGAGCAAUUCACGAGUGACGAUGAUAAAGCAACGAACUCACCUAACUUUAGAUUAAAGAAUAGCAAAGAUCUGCAAAAUAAAGUAAAAAAUGAAGGAGACUCAUAAACCUAAGAGGACUCUGAGGAAGCAGUGAAAAACAGAUUAGAAACUGAAAAAAGAAUUAAGUCUAUAAUAAAUUAAUUAAGACACGACGCUUCUGAGUAUCUUGUUGGCCAAGGUGAAAAGAGCUCCAUAAAUCUAAGAGAACUCCCGCUUUAAAAAAUCUGUUUUAAGUUGAGAUAGAAUGAAAGGUAUAGAAAGAGGAGAGAAAGCAAAGCAAUAUAAAAAGGACUAUUAAACACUCUCUAAUCAACUUCGGAUUAGCUGAGAAAGGAACUGGAUUGCCUUAAUAACCAAUUAAAGAAUCAAAAAAUCUAUCACAAUCAGUCAUAACUUGAAAAUUUGAUCUCCAAAUUCGAACAGUUCUAAGGUAUCGAGAAAAGACUUAAUAUUGAUGGUAUUGAUAAAUCAGUGUCAGAGAUUGACAGUAUUCAAAUUAAUCAGAGAGCAUAUGAGAUAUAAAAUGUUCUAUUAGAAUUUUGUGGAAUAAAUGCAAAAGGUCAGCCUAUUGCAAAAGUCAAAAGCAAAAGAGAUAUGUUUGGGCGUAUCCUUAAAAUUCCGACUAAAUCCUAGCAAUUACAGUAAUACCAGGAUUAAAAUAAUGAAAGUAGUAAAUCAAACAACGAUGGUAACAAAGAAUCAUAGCCUAAGAAAAAGCAUUAAGAGCUUGUAAAAAUGAUUGGUCUUGAGCCAGAAAAGCUAUUCUAGACUUUAGACAAAUACAAAAUCAGAGUAGAUAGAAUGCCAAAGUUCUCGAAUGUAUUCGAGAGAGCAGAGCCGAUUAUACCAGGACUAGGAAUGACUGUGGCAGGAUCCUUAAUUACAUCUAAUUAAGGUGGACAAAUGACAUUUGCUAGAGUAGAUGGUAGAAAUGUUAUAUCCUUACAAUUUAACCCCUAUGAAGUUUAGGAUCCAUAGAAAAAGAAGAUUUACGAUUAGGCAAUGAAGGAUAUAAUAGAUUAAAGAGAAAAAAUUAAGUCAAUAUCAAAGUAAGCUAGAGAAAAGCAAGAGUAGACAAAUAUUAAGAGAGCUUGGUUAAAUAUAGUUAAGAAAGAUAUACCUAAAGCAUAUAGAUAAUUCCAAAAGUAUUAAGCCGAUCAAGAUACAAAUAAUAAGAAACAAUCUUCAAAUUGUCUCAAAGAAGUUAGAAAGAAGGCCAUCAAAACUCAGAGAUUAGCAAAGGAGACUACAUUUAGAGCCAAGAAGCUUACCAAGGAAAUGAUUAACUUCUGGAAAAAGAGGGAUAAGGAAAUGGCUGAUUUAAAGAGAAAGAAGGAGAAGAUCGAAAAAGAGAUGAAAAGAAAACAAGAGGAGGAAAAAGAAGCCCUACUUCAGAAGAAAAGAUUAGAAUUCAUCAUGUAACAAUCAGAAAUCUACGCACAUUUUAUGUCAAAAAAGCUUGGAUUAUCUGAUGAGUAAAGUAAAUAAAGAGCCAAUGAUUUAGAAGACGAGAAAAAGGAUCAUUUUAGAAGAGUUUAAAUAGAUGAUAGAUAAGCGAGAAAUAACGUUGCUUCACUUAUUAAUGAAAACAUCAGCAGAGUUGGCUAAUUUGAUAGAGAGACUAUAGGUAAGAUAGAUCAUAGAAAGGAAAUCUUUGAAGAUGAAUUAGAAGUCGAUAAAUUUGAUAACCCAGACGUUAACUUCAAUAAUGUUAUCUAGGCUCCAUCCUGCUUCCUUGGAAACCUAAAAGAUUAUUAACUGAAAGGUAUGAGAUGGCUGGAUAACCUUUACGAUUAAGGUAUUAAUGGUAUACUUGCUGAUGAGAUGGGAUUAGGUAAAACUAUUUAAGCUAUUUCCUUGCUUGCUCAUUUAUAUGAGACCAAAGGAGUGUGGGGUCCUUUCAUGAUUAUAGUGCCUGUUACAACUCUGCACAAUUGGCAAAAUGAGCUAGCCAAAUUUUGCCCGACACUUAAAGUCCUUCCUUACUUUGGAAGUCCAGAAGAGAGAAAGAAACUAGGUAAGUUCUUAGAUCCUAAAAAUCUCUACAAUCCUAACAUGAGAAUAAAUGUGCUACUGACAUCCUACAAUUUAAUUGUGAAUAACCAAAAAGAUCAAGCUAAGCUGCUAAGAGUAAAAUGGCAUUACAUGAUAUUAGACGAAGCCUAGGCUAUUAAAAACAAUUUAAGCAGAAGAUGGAAAGUACUUCUAUAGUUCUAAACAAGAAAUAGACUGCUACUUACUGGUACUCCUAUAUAGAAUUCAAUGGCUGAGCUUUGGGCACUAUUGCAUUUUAUUAUGCCCAAAUUAUUUGAUAGUCAUGAGUAGUUUUAAGAAUGGUUCUCAAAAGAUAUAGAAUAGCAUUCAUUUAAUAAUCAAGGAGAAAUUAACAAGCAUCAAUUAAGAAGACUUCAUUUGGUUUUGAAGCCUUUUAUGCUCAGGCGUCUGAAGAAAGAUGUAGAAUCUGAGAUAGGUCCCAAAGUAGAAUAUGAGAAGUUUUGUGAAAUGACCCAUAGACAAAGAGUGCUCUAUCAUAGAAUUAAAUCAAAGAUCUCCACUAAAGAUCUCUUUUAGCUUGUAGAAAAUAAAGCUAAGAUGGAGAACCUAAUGAACUUAGUCAUGCAGUUUAGGAAAGUAUGUAAUCAUCCAGAGCUAUUUGAAAGAAGAAUUGGAAGAAUCCCUUUCUCAUUUAAGGAGUUACAGCAUGGCAUGCUUCCUAACCCAGCAUUCUAAUCAAUUCCAGACCUAAGAGUCCAGAUUAAAAACCCCAUUAAUUUUGAUAUACCAAAGCUAAUUUUUGACGAAUGUUUCUUAAGCACUGAUAACAAAACCAAGUUCUUUAGAAAAAUUAGGCCAGGAGUUGAUGAGUCACUAUAGGAAGUUGGAAUAGAAACUCAUAUGAACUUAUUCAAUAUAUUUGGUACAAUCAAUCUCUACUAGAAAUCUUUUGAAAGUAAUAAUUCAAGCAGUUUCAGUGCAUUGAGACUUAUGAUGAAAGGAAACAACUGGAGCUAUAGUGAGACUUCAUAUCUUUUUGUUGCAGAUACACUAAUCAAAUAGAUAGCACUGAUGCAUUAUUUCUAUCAGAAAUAUCACAAGAGAAUUUACGAUACAGUUAUUAAUAAUGAAAGAGAUGAGAUUUUCUUAAAGCAUCUGCAGGUGGGUUAAAAUAGAAACAGCGGAGUUGAUAUCAAUAUUAUUGACCAUAUUAACAGAGACUAUUCAUCAUCCCUAAUUUACAGACAUAAUAGAGUCUAUAAUGAUAAAGGAUAACUAGAAAUUUUAUCACCUUUAGUAGUAGAGGAUCUCAAUGUAUAUACAAAUUUCACCAAGUAAUUGAGGCAAGAUUUGGAUAUAUUCGUAUAUGCUGCACUUGCUGAGCCCAUUAACUAUACUUGCAGAAGUGGAACCUUCAAUAGAUUCUUGAUUUCAACUAUUAACAGUAGUCUUCAUAAGAAAGCCUUGCUGGGUAACAAGUUCAAGCCGAGAUUUGAAAUUCAUCUUGGAAAAGUUGGCAAGGAUCGAUCCUAAUUCUUGCAACAUGAGUAGGGAUAUAAUCUACAAAAUUCCGUCUUGCCUAAUGGGUAUCAACUUAUAGAAAAGGGUAUUUUAGAUGAUGUAAUAACUGAGAAGGGAGCAUCAAUUUUAGAGUUGCCUAAUUACAGUAGACUAGUAACAGAUUGUGCCAAGAUGUAGUAUCUAGAUAAGCUACUAGCUGAUCUCUCAAGGGAUAAUCACAGAGUUCUUAUUUUCUGUCAAAUGACAAGAAUGCUUGAUAUACUUGAAGAUUUUCUAUGUUGGAAAAAGUACACCUAUUUCAGAAUGGAUGGUUCUACAUCAAUUCCUGAUAGAAGAUAUAUGGUUGAGGAGUAUCAGAAAAAUCCAUCAAUUUUCGCAUUUUUGCUUUCAACAAGAGCUGGAGGUUUAGGAGUAAACUUGACAGCAGCUGAUACUGUAGUUUUCUAUGAUAAUGAUUGGAAUCCAACAAUGGAUGCAUAAGCAACAGAUAGAGCCCAUCGUAUCGGUUAAACUAAAAAAGUUUCAGUAUAUAGGUUAGUCACAAAGAGAACUGUUGAAGAAAAGAUUUUGAAGAGAGCUAGACAAAAGUAAAAUGUAUAAUCAACUGUAUAUGGAGGCAAUGCUUUGAAAGCUGAUGUUUUCAAUGCCCUUGAUGUUGUAGAUAUGCUUUUGGAUGACUAAGAACAAAAGGAUCUCAAGCAAAGCGGCUAGUUCUUGAGAACCAAGAGACUUAAGAAACAAGCUGGAAAACCUAUAGUUCCAAAUAAGAACAUUAGCACAACACUUCAUAGACCAUCAAUCAAUAACACAGCUGAGUAAAACCAUGCAGAUUACGAAAUGAAUGACGAGGAAGAUAAGCAUUCAAGCAAAGAAGAUAAAAAGAAGUAGAAUGACACACCAUAGAAAUCAGGAAUGACUAAAAAGAGUAGCGCUGAUGAAGGCCCUAAAAAACCUGGCAGAAAACCCAAUCCUGAUAAGUAAAAGCCCCCUUCAGCAUAAUAACCUAUGAAUAUAUUCUCAACUGUGAAAUCAAAUGGACCUGAUUAAUCAUCUCAAAAUAGAAGUUCAUCUAAUGGAGGACCAUUUAGCAUAUUCAAGACUACAACUGUUUAAAAGCAAAUCUCCACAGUCUCUGAAUAAUUGAAUGACAAUAACCAGGCAUAUCAAGAUGAUGAGGAGGAAUAUGAAGAUGACCAAAAUGGAGGCGAUGACUAUGGUGAUGAACAGGAUGGUGAGGAAAACUUGUUCGAUCUUUUGAAAAAGAAAGCCAAAGCCUUGUAAAUAGAAUACAAGGAUGAUGAGAAUCCAAUUCCUUUGGAUUUGGAUGAAGAUGAUGAUGGUGGGUCUAAAUAGAAUCCUAAGAAUAAGAAAGACGAUAACAUGGACGAGGAUGAUGACAUGAUGGUAGACGACUACUGA